GAAAAGUACCGAUCCAAAACACACCACCGUUUUAUUUCGCUAUGUUAGGGACCUUCAUAUAUGUAAAUAUUAUACAUAUAGCCUAAUUUGAUCCGGUGCGUUGUUUCUGGUAGUUUAGGCUCUUCAGAGUGGUUAUAAUGCUGCUGGCUCAGAUAAAUCAGUCAGCAGAUUUCCAGCAUGAGGGAGAUGCUCAGGAGGUUACUCUCUGCUUAACUGAGACUGUGGGGAUUGCAGAUGGCGAUCAGAGCAUGGACACAGUCAGUCUGCAGGCUGUGACUUUAGCAGAUGGCUCCACUGCAUAUAUACCUCACAACACUCAAGACAGCAAUAUAGUAGAAGGACAGGUGAUCCAGUUAGAAGAUGGGUCUUCUGCUUAUGUGCAACACAUUGCUGUUCCAAAAGCAGAUGAGCCAAUUAACUGGACGGGCUCAUCUGUAUGUGAUGUUGUUGGUAAUGAGAGCUUAAGACUGGAGGAUGCUCAGACUGUGCAGUUGGAAGAUGGAACUACUGCUUACAUCCACCACACUGCAAAAGAUACAUAUGAACCCAGUACCCUGCAGGCGGUGCAGUUAGAGGACGGGUCUACCGCUUACAUUCAUCAUGCUCUUCAGGUGUCACAACCAAACACCAUUCUGGCCAUCCAGACGAAUGGCACAGUAGCAGAUUUGCACACAGAUGUGGCUAUUGACCAAGAAACAAUCGAUGCUUUGGAGCAGUACACAACCAAGAUCGAAGAAAUUGAUUCUUACUCAAACUCUGAGCUGAUCACCAGUGAUCCUCACAGUGUUGUGGAGAUGCAGAUCGUUCUUCAGGGUCAAGGAAUUCGCCGUAAUACGCAGCAGCCGGGAGAGAAAUGUUUUCGGUGUAAUUAUGACGGAUGUGGAAAGCUUUACACCACUGCAAAUCAUCUUAAGGUACAUGAAAGAGCACAUACAGGUGACAAGCCGUACUGUUGUGACUUACCUGGCUGUGGAAAAAAGUUUGCAACAGGUUACGGUUUGAAAAGUCACAUCAGGACGCACACUGGAGAAAAACCUUACCGCUGUCAGGAGAUGGACUGUAAGAAAUCUUUCAAGACUUCAGGGGACCUUCAAAAGCACACCAGAAUUCACACAGGAGAGAAACCAUUUCUAUGUCCAUUCCCGGGCUGUGGACGAUCCUUCACUACCUCAAACAUCUGUAAGGUGCAUGUUCGCACGCACACUGGAGAGAAACCGUAUCACUGUACAGAGCCAGGCUGCAAUCGGGCGUUUGCCAGCGCGACCAAUUACAAGAACCACAUACGGAUCCAUACAGGAGAGAGGCCGUAUGUUUGCACAGUUCCUGGUUGUGACAAGCGAUUUACUGAGUACUCUAGUCUCUACAAACAUAAUGUAGUGCACACUCCCUGCAAACCCUACAAGUGCAACCACUGUGGAAAGGCAUACAAGCAGAUUUCCACACUGGUCAUGCACAAACGUUCAGCGCACAAUGACUCUGAGCCUAUAGAAGAGGAGUCGGAGGGCUAUUUUGAACCCCCUUCAGAGGCUAUAGAUGACCCCUCCCUGACUGUUAGCCUUGUGAAGUGUGAAGACUCUUGUCCAGAGAUGGAUUCUGAGAUCUGUGAUGUCACAGAACAACAUGUAACGUUUAUCACACAAGAUGGAGCAUCGCAGGCUGUUGGGAAUGUAAUCACAAUGGUAACACAAGAUGGCAGUGUGAUCACCAUCCCACCCACUGAGUCUUUGCUAUCAUCAGCGGAGGCUCAUUCAGUGACUGUGUUCUCAGAGGACGGGACUGAAGGACAGAUGACUGCUAUGAUUCCAGAAUUAUCAUCUUCCAGGAGCAUACAGGAUGAGUUAUCAGCACAUCCAAUUACACUUCUGGCUACUUCUAAUGGCACACAGAUUGCUGUUCAGCUGAAUGAACAGACUUCACUGGAAGAGGCUCUGAGAAUAGCAUCAUCAUUACAGGGAAGUGAAACAGCAGAACUGGCCAAUUAACUACCUUCACCUCCUGAUGAAGUAUGACUAGUGAUUACACGAGCAAAUUAUGAACUUUUGCAAUUACCCUUUCGCCACAAUUGUACAGAGGUUAAGCUGUGCACUAUGAUAGCAUUUCUAACAGAUUUCGUUCAUAAUGAUAUAGAUAUCUAAAAGGCAGAAACCUGUUUGCAAUUUUUAAAUAAAAAGAGAUGAACGGGAUGUUUGGUGUGUCGUGAUGCUUUCACAAUGUUUUCGAUUGCUUUGAAGCACAAGAAGCUCAGG